GCGGGGCGGGCGCGCUCCCCGAGCCGGGCCGGGCCGGGCCGGGCCGCUGACGGGGCGUGUUGCUGUGCCGCAGGAGGAAGCGGAGGAGUACGCGCGGCUCAGCCCGGAGGAGCAGCAGCGUCGGCUGAAGAACAUCGUGAAGAAAAUCGACGCGGACGCGGACGGGCUGCUCAGCGAGGAUGAGCUGAGCUCCUGGAUACAGCAGUCUUUUAAGCAUUAUGUUACACAAGAAGCUAAGCAACACUUCAGUGACUAUGACAAAGAUGGUGAUGGACUGGUGUCCUGGAAGGAGUAUAACUUGCAAAUGUAUGAUCGUGUAAUUGAUUUUGAUGAGAACACUGUCCUGGAGGACCAAGAAGAAGAAUCAUUUCGCCAGGAGAAAAAACGUUUUGAGAAAGCUAAUAGAGAUGAUGUUCCUGCUCUAAAUGUGGAUGAGUAUAUUGCAUUCGAGCAUCCCGAAGAGGUGGAGUACAUGACGGACUUUGUUAUUCAGGAGGCUUUAGAAGAACAUGAUAAAGAUGGCGAUGGAUUUGUUAGCCUGGAAGAAUUCCUUGGUGAUUACAGAAGAGACCCAACUGCAAGGGAAGAUCCAGAAUGGAUACUUGUUGAGAAGGACCGGUUUGUGAACGACUAUGACAAGGAUCAUGAUGGAAAACUCAACCCUCAAGAGCUGCUGUCUUGGAUAGUACCCAACAAUCAGGGUAUUGCACAAGAGGAGGCUCUGCACCUCAUUGAAGAGAUGGAUUUGAAUGAUGAUAAAAAACUUUCUGAAGCAGAAAUUCUUAAGAACCAAGAUUUGUUUCUUAACAGUGAAGCAACAGAUUAUGGUAGGCAGCUUCAUGAUGAACGUUUCUACCAUGAAGAACUUUAGAUUAUUUAUUUUGUAAUCUUUUUUUCUUCCCUUUCUUUCAUUUGAAGCUUUUGUUAAAAGCACUCAUCAGCUGCAUUGCAAGUUUCAUGCUGUAAUUACAAUACACUAAUGUUUGUGUAAAUAAUUUGCAUUCAGAAUUAAAUUGCCCUCCUGUAAACUUCCUAGGCCUCUUCUAGCCUUCAAAAUUAAUUUGAAAUACUUGCUGUCAAAAUUCUGUAGUGUUGGGAAAUAAAUUACUUCAGGGUAGUACUGUAUUGUGAAGAGUUAUUCUACUGUACUUGAAGAAAAUGGAGAAUCUAGAUGGUUCUGAAAGAAGGCAAACUAUAGUAACUGAGACUACUAUUUUUCUAAUCAAUUAAAUUAGGGCAGAGUGUGGGGAAGGUGGGGGGAUGUUUAGAGUUAGUAUUAACUGUGUUUUGUUUAAUACCUUUGGAGAAAUACUUGCAUAAAUGCCUCAGUUGUUUAAGAGGUUUCUACUUGAUUUUGAAUGGUUUCUAUACUGUGUUUUACUCUAUCAUAAAACUUGCUAUUUUUACAUCAAUAGACAAGAAUUAUUUUUAAUGUACAGUUGUAGAGCGUUAGCAAUGCAGUGGUAUUUUACUGUGUCGAGACCUUCUUCAUUUGUUGGAUUAAAACUUAAAAUGUUCUA